GUGCGAUGUUCUGUGAAAGUUGGGUCGCCUUGGGUAUGGGACGAAGAAUGGCAGGACUACUCCGAAACCAGUCCGGAUGUCACCGCGGUGGGGACACUCGUGGAGGUCAAAGAUCCCAAAGCCUUGCGGGCCAGGGAAUUCCGGGCAGACAUGGUCCAUGGACCAGACUCAACGAACGAGGACGUGAUCAUGUGCGAUUUAGCACCAACAUUGGAGGCUGUUCUGAGUGGUACAGAUGCCGUUCUGCUUGUGGCUGGAGUUUCCGGUGGAGCACAGGCCGACUUAAUGGAUGGUGCUGAAGGGCUUGCUGCAGCGGCUGUGUGGCAGCUGGCGUCGGAGUUGCACGAGCGCCAGGCGAGUCAUCGCGCAAAUGGGGCAGUUGGAUAUACGUACCACAUGAGGUUGCAGUCUUUCCAACUUGCUGGCGAUACAAUCCUGGACCUCCUCACCGACUCUCCGGAAGCUGCGCGUUUGAUGGACCUCCCGCAGGGUGUGAUGGUUGAAGGUGUGCGAACAGCCAGCGCAACAUCUGCGGAUGAAUUCAUGAAAUAUGUCGAAGCGGCGCAACGACGUCGAGACCCGGAGAAGAGACACCAGACGAGUGCAGUUUUCGUCAUCGACGUGACCCAGGCAGACUACUACGAAGGAUGGGGACUGCACGGGCGCUUCGUUCUUCUGGAGUCAGCCAUCAUGGAUUGUUUAGCAGAGGAUAAAGGUCUUGUCCAGCUUCGCGAGGGAUACGAUCGCUAUCGCGGAGUGUACCACAUGCGCAGCUUAGUCAAGUCGUGGAGAAGCGGUGAGCCUGGCGACGUGAACGGUUCCUACCUGACCUGGCUUCUUCGUGAUCUUCUCACAGGCGGCAGUGUCGAGGCUCAUCUCCUCUUCUGCGUCGCGCAGGGAAAGCCUGCUAUAAGCAUAGCGCUGCUUGAAUUCAUGGAAGAUUUCAGCAAGAUACAUACUAAUCCAGUAACGCAGGACCAUCGAGUUGCGGGAUGGGCAAGAGCAGUCCGUUCCGAGCGCUUGAUGCUGAAGCAGGCACUGGAGCGAGGAGGGGGUGGCGUGGAUCGUGAUACUCGGAGCCUGGUUUUGGAGCUGGAAAAGCGCCUCGCCAAUGCUGAGAGGCAGAAGGAGGAAGCCCAAAGACUGGCGGAUGCUCGCCAAGACAGAGCAAACAACUUCCAGGACCGGUACGUUUCUGCCUUGGAGAGUCAGGAGUCAAUGAACGAGAGGUUGAUGUCUUCCGAAGAGGAGCAGCUGAAGGCGAUGCAAUCACUGGUCGAGGCGCAGAUCGAGGCCUCCGAGGCCAAAGAUGAGUUGAGUGAGGUGCAAUACACAGACAACGUUCUUCUAAUGAUGCUGGAACAAGAGCUUGCAGAAAUGAAGGAAUCUUCUGAAAAGACGAGUGCCGACCUCACGGGCAAGCAGGCCAAGAAACUCCAAGAUGCAGAGGCUCUGGCCGAGGAUCUCCGUAUGCGCUUGGAUGCGGCAUCAGAAGCCAAAAUCCAAGCUGAGAUUCAGAAAGAAGUGGACAAAGGUGAUCUGGAGAAUCGUCUCCAAGCACUUCGACUGGAGCUUCGAGAAGGGCGCUUGGAGGAUUCCGUGCAGCACGCGGAGGAGCGUGGCAAGAUUCAAGAGACUGUUCGAGAGGAAGUGGAGCGCCUCAGGCAGGCUUUGGAAGACGAGCGCAGCCGGGCCCGACAGAUCCUUGACGAUGGGCAGUUGCAGUUGAUACAAUCUCGCCAUCAGUUCCAGGAAGAGAAAGGCAAAGCUGCAUUGGAAGCCAAGCAGGAGCUUCAAGAGCUGCAGUCCAGCAGGGAUUCACAGCUUGGCGAAGUGCAAACAGAGCUUGCGGAUGUUCAGAGGAAAGCAGUCCUGGAAGAGCAAGAAGUCAAGCGACUGCAGUCCGCCGGGAAGGAGCUACAGCAAAGCUUGCAAGCGGAGCAGGUUUCCGAACGUCAAGCACGGGAAGAGCUUCAUGUGGUGAAUGACGAGCUGCAGAGUGUGCGUGCCGACUUCGAGCAGCAGCUGUCGCGACUGGCAGCCAAGCCAUCUGGAGGCUCCGGGAGUUGGCCGGCGACGCCGCCCGACACUCGGCAGGGGGCCUUGGAGCCCGGGCGACUUACACAGAUCCAAGACCGGCUUAUCGAAGAGGUUCAGGCCCUACGGAAUGCCAGCAGCUUCGCCGCGAACGCAUCGGCAAAUGCAGACCUUCAAGAGCAAAAUCGAGCAUUGCAGGCUCGGGUCGCCCUCCUCGAGCAGCAAAGUCCUGCUGACAGGCGAGUGCAGGCUCAGCGUCUGGCUUUCCUUGAGAAAAGCGUCCGUGAUCUUGAGGCUGAAAGGUCAGCACUUCUGGUGCGGGCAACCGUAGCCGAGGAGCAGUUAAAGCAGCUCCAGAAGCACUUGAAGGAGAUCACUGAGGAUUAUCAGAUGCAAAUCCUCAGCUUGAAGAUGAAGGGGAUGCAACAGGCACAGGUCGACACAAGAUGCAAAGAUGAUUUCCUUGUAGAACUCUCGCAUAUGGGCGGACAGCUCACAUGUGGCUGCUGCGCAAAAGAGGGCAGCAUCAUCGACGAUCGCCAGGACUCGCGAGCAUUCUUCUGCAGGAAGCCAUGCGGCCUGGACGAGCUGGAAACAGACUUCAGCUGCGACCCGGCUGGUGCCUUCUUCGAAGACACCUUGACAUCAGCCUCUCUCAGCGAGAUGGACCGGGUCAGCUUCAGAUUUGCAGGCUCAUCCAACUUGGCUGGCCUUCGAUGGUGUUUCGUUUAUGGCGCCAGUCCCAAGGCCUGCGACAGCAACGGCACAAGCCUCCUACACGCUGCCGCCAGAGCUGGCAGCUAUCAAGUUGUUAAGGACUUGGUCCUUCGAUCGACUGAUGUUAAUGCCGUCGAUUGUGCUGGAUGGACACCGCUGCACGUGGCCAGCUGCAUGGGCCGUCAGGAUGUGUCUUUCUACCUGCUGCAAGCAGGGGCUAAGUCCAGCAAGACAUCCAGGGGUCAGACACCGGAAGACCUCUGUAGCCACCCUCACACCAAGGAGGUGGUCAUCGGUUUCGAGGAGCGCCGGCCCAAAGUGGUCGGACUGCCGACUCGGAGCAUGCCAGCCUUCGAUACCAGAGGCCUUCUUGAUGUAGGUCAGUAUUCUGGUGGCACGGGUGCGCAAGCCAGUCGGGGAAAGUGUACGGGCAUGGAGAAUCGAGGCGGUUGCUUGUGCUGGGACCAAACGUCAAGCUUGCCAGUCCUCUGA